GGAUAAUUCAGUUGACGAAAUGGAUGUUAAGUAAAGGCCAAGGAAGAACAAUGGGAAGCUAUUUCACGUUAUUAAAUGCCUUAGCUGAAGAUGGAAGACUUGAUGAAGCUGAAGAGUUUUGGAACAAAUUGUUUUCUCAGCAUCUGGAGAGCAUGCCUCCUAUAUUCUUUUAUAAAGUGAUAUCCCUCUACUACGAUCGGGCAAUCACAAGUUAUUUGAGAAGUGAAAGUUGUCCCCAUAAACCAACACGGGUCCUUUCAGCAUGCUUUGUCCUCGCUCACAUGAGUCCUAGGAAAUUUCCCAGGAAGUUACCCAACAUAGGAUUACUCCAAGCUAGAGUUCUUAUGAUUGAGCCACCGAAAAGGAAGGAUCCCUCUCGUUCGGAUGUGAUACCGGUUCAUUCAUGUACCCCUCCUGAACUCGGGUCGUACUGUACAAAAUAGUAAUUUCAGUAAUGGUUUUAGUGAGCUUGACAAAAUGGAACAUAGUUCAACAGAGCCUAAGGAUUCUAGUCUUGAAGAUGAUGAAGAAAUGAGUGAAGAUCCAGAUGAAAUUUUGGAAGAUGAAUGUAUGUCAAAAGAAUCCAGUUUUGAGCAUGAUUUCAUGGGGUUUGUAUUGGGUUUUAUGUCUUAAAACUCGCAGUUUGUAAAAUUAAAUAUAUUUUAUUAUCAAUAAAAGAUGUUAUUCGACAUUUCUUCAAUAAA